AUGAACCCCUUCAAAAAGGUGCUCAAUGGGAUCCGAAAGAAUACCGAGGAUCCACCGGGUGAAUACAACGGCAGCAGCAGCAAUAAUGUCCACGGGCUAAAACCCAUCCCCAAAAAGACCCAAGCCGUGGAAUUGGGCACCAUUGACUACAUCAACUUGACCCCCGACGGCAAGCACGGAGAUUUUAACGCCGCCGUCCAGGCGUCGUUGGAGACUGGAAAACCAAUCUUUGCCAACUUUGUGGAAUGGAGCGGAUGA